GCGCCGCAGCCAGCGCGACAGGCGGCCGGAGCCGGGGUGGACCGAGCCCGCCAUGGACAAGCUGAAGAAGGUGCUGAGCGGGCAGGACGCCGAGGACCGCGGCGGCCUGUCCGAGGUGGUGGAGGCAACGUCAUUAAGCUCGGGCACCAGAAUAAAAGGCUUCAUUGCCUGUUUUGCUAUAGGAAUCCUCUGCUCACUGCUGGGGACUCUUCUGCUCUGGGUGCCCACGAAGGGACUAUACCUCUUCGCAGUGUUUUAUACCUUUGGUAACAUCGCAUCUCUUGGGAGCACUGUUUUCCUCAUGGGACCAAUGAAACAGCUGAAGCGAAUGUUCGAGCCUACGCGCUUGAUUGCAACUAUCUUGGUGCUGUUGUGUUUUGCACUUACCCUGUGUUCUGCCUUUUGGUGGCACAACAAAGGGCUUGCUCUCAUCUUCUGCAUUUUGCAGUCUCUGGCCCUGACGUGGUAUAGCCUUUCCUACAUACCGUUUGCAAGGGAUGCUGUGAAGAAGUGUUUUGCUGUGUGUCUUGCAUAACAUUUGGCCGGUUUUGCAAAGCUUUGGAAGGCACAGUGGAUGAAGUUGGUGGACCACGUUGUAAAUAUCUUCUAAACUUCCGUCUCACAGACACGUGCCUUUGAUCUUGCAGCAACGUGUUCCUUGCGUUCUGAACAUUUGACGGUUGCUUUUGGAGGCAACAGUGUGUUCCCAAACCCAAAUGUCUGUAGCACGAUAUGAGAGGUGGGUUCUGAAUCGGACAGAGUGGAAUCUUCCUCGUGCACCUUUGGAUGGUGUUCCACUGAGUUCUCAUAAAUAAAAAAAACCUUGUUAGCAGCAGCA